UCCAGAGUCGAGCGACGAAUCAUCGACCGGCACGCCCGGGUAGUGGAAGCCCCGGGGGCGGGCUAGCGCCGGCCUGCUUUCCAGCUCCAGGUUGGGCUCUUGCCGGAGAAGGGCGGCGGCGGCGCGGCGCGGCGCGGCGCCGGAGGGAACCUCUGACCCGCAUCUGGAACUCUAUUUUAAGAAACUCUCCAAACAAAAAAAACAAGUCAUGGAGAAGAAUGGGAAUAACCGAAAGCUUCGGGUUUGUGUUGCUACUUGCAACCGUGCUGAUUAUUCUAAACUUGCCCCGAUCAUGUUUGGCAUUAAAACAGAGCCUGAGUUCUUUGAACUUGAUGUGGUGGUACUUGGCUCUCACCUGAUAGAUGACUAUGGAAACACUUAUCGCAUGAUUGAGCAAGAUGACUUUGACAUUAACACCAGGCUACAUACGAUCGUUAGGGGGGAAGAUGAAGCAGCCAUGGUGGAGUCAGUAGGCCUGGCCCUUGUGAAGCUACCAGAUGUCCUUAAUCGCUUGAAGCCUGAUAUCAUGAUUGUUCAUGGUGACAGGUUUGAUGCCUUGGCUCUGGCUACAUCUGCUGCCUUGAUGAACAUCCGAAUCCUUCAUAUUGAAGGAGGGGAAGUCAGUGGAACUAUUGAUGACUCUAUCAGACAUGCCAUAACAAAACUGGCUCAUUAUCAUGUGUGUUGCACCCGAAGUGCAGAGCAACAUCUGAUAUCCAUGUGUGAGGACCAUGAUCGCAUCCUUCUGGCAGGCUGCCCUUCCUAUGACAAACUUCUCUCAGCCAAGAACAAAGACUAUAUGAGCAUUAUUCGGAUGUGGUUAGGUGAUGAUGUAAAGUGUAAGGAUUACAUUGUUGCACUACAGCACCCUGUGACCACUGACAUUAAGCAUUCCAUUAAAAUGUUUGAAUUAACAUUGGAUGCACUUAUCUCAUUUAACAAGCGGACCCUAGUACUGUUUCCAAAUAUUGAUGCAGGUAGCAAAGAGAUGGUUCGAGUGAUGCGGAAGAAGGGAAUUGAGCAUCAUCCCAAUUUUCGUGCAGUUAAACAUGUCCCAUUUGACCAGUUUAUACAGCUGGUUGCGCAUGCUGGUUGUAUGAUUGGGAAUAGCAGCUGUGGGGUACGAGAGGUUGGUGCUUUUGGAACACCUGUGAUCAACCUAGGAACACGUCAGAUUGGAAGAGAAACAGGGGAGAAUGUCCUUCAUGUCCGGGAUGCUGACACUCAAGACAAAAUAUUGCAAGCACUGCACCUUCAGUUUGGUAAACAAUACCCUUGUUCAAAGAUAUAUGGAGAUGGAAAUGCUGUUCCAAGGAUUUUGAAGUUUCUCAAAUCUAUUGACCUUCAAGAGCCAUUGCAAAAGAAAUUCUGCUUUCCUCCUGUGAAGGAGAAUAUCUCUCAAGAUAUCGACCAUAUUCUUGAAACUCUAAGUGCCUUGGCUGUUGAUCUUGGUGGAACGAACCUCCGAGUUGCAAUAGUCAGCAUGAAGGGUGAAAUAGUUAAGAAGUAUACUCAGUUCAAUCCCAAAACCUAUGAAGAGAGAAUUAAUUUAAUCCUACAGAUGUGUGUAGAAGCUGCAGCAGAAGCUGUAAAACUGAAUUGCAGAAUUUUGGGAGUAGGCAUUUCCACAGGUGGCCGUGUAAAUCCUCAGGAAGGAAUUGUGCUGCAUUCAACCAAACUGAUACAAGAAUGGAACUCUGUGGAUCUCAGGACCCCCCUCUCUGACACUUUGCAUCUCCCCGUGUGGGUAGACAAUGAUGGCAAUUGCGCUGCCAUGGCAGAAAGGAAAUUUGGCCAAGGAAAGGGACUGGAAAACUUUGUUACACUUAUCACAGGCACAGGAAUUGGUGGUGGGAUCAUCCAUCAGCAUGAAUUGAUCCAUGGAAGCUCCUUCUGUGCUGCAGAACUUGGCCACCUUGUUGUGUCUCUGGAUGGGCCCGACUGUUCUUGCGGAAGCCAUGGAUGCAUUGAAGCAUAUGCUUCCGGAAUGGCCUUGCAGCGGGAAGCCAAAAAGCUACAUGAUGAGGACCUGCUCUUGGUGGAAGGGAUGUCAGUGCCAAAAGAUGAAGCCGUGGGUGCACUCCACCUCAUCCAAGCUGCGAAACUUGGCAAUGCGAAGGCCCAGAGCAUCUUAAGAACAGCUGGAACAGCUCUUGGUCUUGGGGUUGUGAACAUCCUCCACACCAUGAAUCCUUCCCUCGUGAUCCUCUCUGGAGUACUGGCCAGUCACUAUAUCCACAUCGUCAAGGACGUCAUUCGCCAGCAAGCCUUGUCCUCGGUGCAGGAUGUGGAUGUGGUGGUUUCAGAUUUAGUUGACCCUGCCCUGCUCGGUGCUGCCAGCAUGGUUCUGGACUAUACAACUCGAAGGAUCCACUAGAUUCCCAGGAGUGGACAUGGGCCGAGACUCAAGAACUUCUUAGUGGAAUCAAGUUCUUCUCUUUUAGAUGAACAUUUCUUACACAGCAAAUUUAGUAUUUUAUUGCAGCUGACACUGGCAGAGAGUGCUUUUGCUUUUCGUCUCUUUUAAAUUUACCUUUUUGUGCCCAUUUUUGUAGAUGCUGCUCUUUCUGAUGUUUUCCUUCUAGGGGUCAUUUUAGGAGAAGCCUGUAAGUUCCAAUCACAACCUCUUGUGCUAAAAGGGGCUACAAUAAUAGACCAGGAAGCCUUAGAACUCUGCUUACUAAUGUACCACCCAGACCUUGCAGACCUACUUUGGAUGAGAGCUUCAUAUGUGUGGGUUAAUAACUCUUUAUCUAACCCCAGACUUGGAGAAUAGAAAGGGAUCCAGUCAGGGAACAGAAGAGUCUUACCGGGAAAAGCUUACCUGAACUUUUUAAAUAUAGCUUUGUUGAAGUAUUUUUUAAAGUGUACAAUUUGAUAAGCUUUGUCUUAUGUAUAUACUUAUGAAACGAUCACCACAAUAAAGACACUGGACAUGGUGGGCGAGGUGGUACACACCUGUAAUCCCAGCCCUCAGGAGGCUGAGGGAAGAGGCUUGCAGGUUUGAAGCCAGCCUUGGGCAAGAGAUUCUUGCCUGUCUCAAAGUUUUUUUUUUUUAAGUGGUAGAGCACUUUUCUAGUAUGUGCCAGGCCCUGGGUACAAUUCCCACUACAGAAAAAAAAAAAACCAAAAAACCCCAUAGACAUUGGACAUCACCUCCAAAUGUUUUUGCUGAAAGAUGUUGUUAUACUAGCAGCAUUUAUAGGAGCUUGAUUUAGACCAGGGAUCUGGGCUGAGGGUGUAGCUCAGUGGUAGUACUCAGUAGUGCUCUUGCCUAGCAAUGUGUAAGGCCCUGAGUUUGAUUCCCAGCACUGCAAAAACAAAGAAACAAAAGACCAGAGGUCUGGCUUUAGUGACCUUGUCUUCAUCUUCUUAGAGACCACUAAGAAGCCACUAGGACUUAAGAGCCUCUGAAAGGAGAUUAUCCCCAAAAGGAUCUUUGCUCCUGACAGCAAAUAAUUCUUUUGGUAGCUUUUCACACGGUUUUGCAUAUGACCCCCAAGUGUCUAUGAAGGCAGUGUUUAUAGGUGCAGCUCCUACAGCCCAGAGCCAUGAACCCAGAUUUUGACUAAGAACCUGUGGAAAAUUACAAAAGUACAAAAUGUAAAUGAAUGAAAAAAUAUCAACCUGUAAGAAAUACUUCCAGCCACCACACUUAUUAAGUUCCUAUUGUGUAUCAAGUUCUGAACUAGGUGCUUCAUAUGUAUUAUUCUAAAUCCUUACAACCUGUGAAGUGGGUAUUUGAAUUCCCAUUCUGUAGAACCCAAAACUUAGUGUUUUUAAGUGAUAUUAUCUAAAACCAUGGAGUUAGUGAAUCUUUUUUUUUUUUUUUUUUGGUGGUGCUGGAGAUUGAACCGAGGGCCUUGUACGUGCAUGGCAAACACUCUACCAACUGAGCUAUAUAUCCCCAGCCCCCCAGUUAGUGAAUCUUAGAUAUAAGCUUGAUAAGGUUUGAUCCCAGGUCCUGGUGUCUUUUUUUGCUAAGUUGCACAACUUCUCAUUUCAAAAUGCUGAUAUAUUUUUUUGUUUUUAGUUGUAGAUGGACAUAAUACCUUUAUUUUAUUUUUAUGUGGUCCUGAGGAUCGAACCCAGUGUCUCCCACAUGCUAGGCAAGUGCUCUACCACUGAGCUACAACCCCAGUGGUUAUCAAAAGCUUUAAUAAGAAUACCUGAUUUGCAAAUGACUGUUUAUUGUUUUUUUUUCCUUUACCACUGAGCUAUAUCCCCAGCCUUUUUAUUUUUGAGAACAGAUCUUAACUAGGUUGCUGAGAUUGGCCUCAAACUUGUGAUCCUCUGGCCUUAGCCUCCCGAGUUGGUGGGAUUAGAGGCAUGCACCACUGAGCCUGGCUCGAUUCGUUCUUGACCCUCUCAGUGAAUUUAAUAAAAUAUUCCUCUCUGCUCUGAAAAUCUCGCCAGUACAGUAUUUGGUCUAGUGACAGGAUUUUAUGAGUACUUGUAGAUAAUCUAAAAAAACAUGCAUAUAUUUUUCAGAUUGUUUUUUAUUUUAGAAAAGCCUGAAAGUUUCUACAAUGUAUUGCUUCAGUAACAAAAUACAAACAAAACCAAGGAGUCAAUAUCACAUUUGAAAAACUUCCUUCCUGGUGGGUUGAUGUGAAAAAGAUAGCUUGGCUGAUUCCUAGAACUCUAUACCAGCCCUUAAAUAAUCUCCAGGGCCUGGUUACUGUUCAGACAUUCCAGGGUGGCUCGGGCGCAUCAAUGUCUGGGUGAGAUGGUGUGCCGCAAAGGGGACAUCAGUGUUUCUUGGUUAAACCAUGAUCAGUGAACACCAAACAACUGCACUGCUACAAAGUUUCAUGCCAAAUAUUUGAAAGGAUGGUACUGAAUCAAAAACCAAAUCUUUUAAGUCUUUAUUAAAUUCAUGGAAAGACUAAUAUAUUCUGACAUAAAUUAUUACAUGUUUAAAUAAUCACAUCUUAAUUUAUUUUAAUGUAUAUAUUUUUAUGUUACUGUUCUGAGUGAAAUUCUAAGGAAGAAAUACAUUUCUUUGUUGAAAUCUUAA